UUUCCAUCACGUACUUGGAGGAUGGGACAACCUCAAAAAUUACAAUUCAGCUUUUAACAGUGUUUUGAUACCUUGGGCAUUUGACUGCAGGCACUGUCCGGAUCAGUAAAUGUUUCCUGUUGAUGUGGGGGGUACAUGUAUGAAGAGGGAUUGUGAGACGGUGUUUUACUCAUGCAAGUUCACAUAAGUCUUGAUGUUUAGAUCAGAUAAAACAUUGAACAGAUAUAUACAGUAGAUGUGAGGACUAGAGAAAUGCUGUUAUGCCAACAAAAAGGUGAGGUUCUGGAGCGUGUACCCGGGAAUGGGAAAUGCGAUAUCUCAGCUGGAAACCCAGAACCUGUGAUACCGGACACCAGCCGAAGGAGUCUGUGGGGUCCGGCAAAGUCACUGUGCUCAUAGGCCACUAAAAGUGUUCAGCUACAGCACAAGUUCCUGUUGACUCCAUCACUAGGAGGCUGAACUGGUGACUGUGUGAAACAUCAAGGAUUCUUCUUUCUUUCUCAGUUCCUGUAUAUCAUCAUAUAACCAGGCUGGCAGCACAAGGCACACCCCGGAUGGGAUGCCAGUCCAUCAGUGGGCACACAAUAAAAUUUAUAGAUGCCAACUAGUCACCUGCAUGAUAAGGGGAUACAUACAACCUACAGCCUCAGAGAAGGCAGCCUGGAGAUGAGGCGCUGGUGUCUGUGAAUGACCAGGGGCAACGCAGCGAUCAGGCAGGCCUGGCGCCUCAUUGGCCAGUGAAGGCAGAGCUCUUCCCAUCUCUCCGGAGGGACAGAGGAGGAUAGGGAAAAAAAUAAACACACCGGUUGCGCAUCCACAGGCUGGUGUCUGGGGGGGGCACACUGCCCCCCCAGCGAUCGUCUUUCAGGACAUGGCCUCUCCAUCGGCGCCGGCUUCCGGGCUUGUGGCCCGAACUUAAAUAGACAGGCUGAAUGCUGGUGUGGCCAGAAUCUGGAUGCGCUCUCCACCUGGGGGAGGUGGGGGGAGGGACAGGACUGUUCCACAUCUCUACUUUUACCCCACCUGAACAGGAUUAAACUGUGGAGAGCUGAAGAUCCUAAAUUUGCUGUUUUGCUUGUUUUUUGUCUGCAUUUAUUUUUUUUUUUAAUUCCACAGCUGUUGUAUGCACAGGCGGUACCCAGGAUGGCACGGCUCCUGCGCAGGCUGCAGCGCUGCUUCCGCAGGAAGCCUGUGCGCUUCUUCACCUUCUUCCUCCUAUACCUGAUGGCAGGUAGCCUGGUCUUCCUCCAUGCGGUCUUCACAAGUGAUAACUCUACCCAGCCAAACAUAGCAUGGAAUGUGGCCCGCGGAUCUGCCGGCGGGGUUGGCAAGGGCACCCAUGGGACGACCGGGCAGGCUGGCGUUUCCUGGACGAAGGAUAGCACGGUGCAUGAGAGAGGGAGCGACCACACCAAGAGCUGGAACCCUGACCUCAAGGCGCGGACCAUCAAAGAGUCAGCCGAUGGCCGGGCAAAGUAUAUUGGCUGCUACGCUGAUGACAUACAAAAGAGAACACUCAAAGGAGCAUCCUUUUUUGACUACAGGAAAAUGACUGUCUUCCGUUGCCAGGACAACUGUGCUGAAAGAGGCUACUUGUACGCAGGACUGGAGUUUGGAGCCGAAUGCUACUGUGGUCACAAGAUCCAGGCAUCCAAUGCCAGCAAGAGUGACUGCAACAUGGAAUGUUCAGGAGAGAGGGGCACCGUCUGUGGGGGCACCAACCGGCUCUCCAUCUACCGCCUGGAGCUGGCUCAAGAAUCUGUCCGGCGCUAUGGAAGUGCCACCUUUAAGGGUUGCUUCCGGAGGCCGAAGGAUGUGACCCUGGCACUGCCUGUCAGCGCCGUCAUUAUGAACAUGUCCGUGGACAAAUGUGUGGACCUGUGCACAGAGAAGGAGCUGUCCCUGGCAGUUUUGGGGGGUCAGCGCUGCUUCUGUGGCUAUCCCACAUCACACUUCACGCUGCAUGAGCUUGAGGAAGAGGAGCUGUGCAAGCACCACUGCGAGGGUGAUGAUUUCGAGAGCUGUGGCACAGAAGAAUAUUUUGUGGUUUACCAAACACAAGUGCAAGACAAGCGGUGCAUGGACCGGCGCUUCCUUCCAGAACGUUCCAAGCAGCUUCUGGCCCUGGCCAGCUUUCCCGGUGCGGGGAACACCUGGGCGCGUCACCUCAUUGAGCUGGCCACCGGCUAUUACACAGGCAGCUACUACUUUGAUGGGUCCCUGUACAACAAAGGAUUCAGAGGAGAGAAGGACCACUGGAGGAGCGGAAGGACCAUCUGCAGCAAGACCCAUGAGAGUGGCAGGAGGGAAAUUGAGGCCUUUGAUGCUGCCAUUCUGGUGAUCCGCAACCCAUACAAAGCCCUCAUAGCUGAGUUUAACCGCAAGUACGGUGGCCAUAUUGGAUUUGCCUCACGGGCUCAUUGGAAGGGAAGAGAGUGGCCAGAAUUUGUUAAAAGCUAUGCUCCAUGGUGGGCUUCCCAUACCCUGGAUUGGCUGAGAUAUGGGAAGAAGGUUCACGUGGUCCACUUUGAAGAGUUGAAGAAGGACUUGUUCGUCCAGCUGAAAAGUAUGGUGGUCUCCCUGGGCAUGCAAGUGUCUGAGGAUCGGCUGCUAUGUGUGGAGGGCCAGAAGGAUGGCAAUUUCAAACGAUCUGGCCUGCGUAAGCUGGAGUAUGACCCAUAUACCCCCAAAAUGAGGGCUACCAUCAAUGACUUCAUCAAGACUGUGGACCAUGCCUUGAGACAGAGAAAGUUGUCAGGGGUCCCAGAGGAAUAUCGUCCAAGAUGACAGCAUCUUCUUUCCUCACCUCCUCCUCUCUCCUGCCCUUACCUCCUUAUAUUUAGCUAGCAGACUGAAUAUAUGCUAUGUAAACAUGUACUGUAUAUAGAGGUGCUUUUAGAAUACUUCAGUUUGCAAUACUAUUGCACAUGCAGUUAACACACCAAUGCAAGGGGUACAUGAUAGAUAAACUUAUUUUCAGUGUCUAUUGUACAGACUUUCCUCACUUAAUGACCUACCUGUUUAACAACUACCCAGACUUACGACCAGCUCUCCGACCAGUUGGUAAGCUGUACGAGAACUUUGGUCAUGGAAACGGCAGUGCGGCGUCUCGGCAUCAAGCAAUUAUAUUAAAAUUAAAACAGUUAUCAAGUUGGAAUUUCCUUUAAACCUGCUCUUUAUUCAGAAUGAAUAAAACUUAUUACCUGUAUUUACAGUAUGCAAACCUAAGUAGUGUGUAGAAUUAAUUUCCUCUAUUCUGUUUAUUACAGUAUACAUUAUGCUACUGUAUAAACAUUUAUAAAUAUACUAAAAAGUGUUAUAAAUGGUGCAAAAGUGACAUUAAAGCAAUAUCUAUAGAUGGUUGACACAAACCCCCUACCAGUGCAGAAUGCUUGAAAUAUCGGCAAGGGGCAGCUCUUCUCUUAUCAACCAAUUCGCAUAAUGACCUGCGCAUAGGAACUCGGCUGUUAAGUGAGGAAUGUCUGUAUUUGUAGGAGACCGCUAUGAUAAUUACAAAUUGGUAUUAUGUUCAUGCCUUAAAUAUUUUAAGCUGAAACUUAAAAAAGCUUAAACAUAAAAAAAAUAAAACAUCACUGUGAGUAUCAAGACCUCAUUGUAAGCUGUGUGUGCCAGAUCUGGUAUACCCCAAACUGGGAGAUGCAAAUGUUUCUUCAUGUUAAAAUGACCUCCCCAGCCCCGAGUUGUAACAGACUGUUGCUCAAAUCUUGCUACUAAAGUGUGGUAAAAGUACCCACGUGAGAGGAAGUGGGGGGUGGGACAUUUUUUGGGUUUGGGUUGCAGUUAUUAUUAAUCAUGUACAUUUAGGAAAGAGGGACAGCAAAGGGGGAAGUCUCUGAGAUCUGGCUGUCUUUUAGGGCUUUACGAUUCUGAGUAAAAAAUGAAUUACUUCUUGUUAUUUGGCAUAAUAUAGUCCUCUCAUUUGUUGAUACAGCUAAGGAAGAACAAGGGAGGGCUUGGUUUGAUGUAACGGUGCAAAUCUCCCUGUUGAUGCAAACACAACAGAAUAAGUGUCAUGCAAGAAUGAGAUCGGGGUAUCACAAUUCACAAAAUCACAAUUUAAAAAUGAUUAAUUGUGCAGCCCUAUUCUAAUGUGAUUCGUCCCCAACUCCAAAAGCUUCACAUUUAAGUCAACAAAUGUUCUUUUAUAAAUCCAGAGCAAUUAUUUGUUUAAUUUAUAAUUUGAUCAUAGUCAUGGACCCACAUGGGUACAGCAGAAUACUGUAGUUUGUAGAAUGCAUGUGAAAUCAGUUUUUCGCUAGGUAAUAUUUAGAACAUAAAUUUUCAAUUGCAUGUUUCAUGAUUGAGCUAUCUUUCCUGAUAUCCAGAUUUUUUUAGUAGAGUCAUUGUGAUGUAACAUUGUGACAAUGUUAGAGUUUCUUAGGGGGAAUAGCACAAUUCCAAAAUAAGUCAGAUAGAACAGUCAGUGUGGAAGCAAUUUAUUUUAAUUUUUAUUGAUUUUUUUGCCCCAUAUUUUCUAAUUGUUAGCUACAUUUUUUACACAUUGGUUAACUUCUCCACGAAUAAUCUUUUUAGUCAUCAAGUUGAGUGCAAAAGAUGGUGUGACCCAAACUGGGAUGAGUGCAUCUUAAUAAUAGUAAAUAAAGACAGAUUUUUUGUCACUCUGGAUCAUGAAAUACUGACCUAUGGUGUUGCAGUCAAAGCCAGUACAUUGUUUUGUGUAUUAACAACUGAUGUCUUUAACUCAUUAAUUAUGCAGAGUAAUGCAGUGCUGUUAAAAGCAUUCAAAGUACUUUGACAAGAUACUUGCUAUUUUAAUUUAAAUAUUUGUUGUAUAGUGCAUUCAUAGCUUUAAGAUGUUUUUCAUUGAAAUGUGUGAUUCUUUACCUUAAUUUAUACUAUAAAUGAUGAUAACAAUGUUUUUUUGUUUUUAAACUUGAAGAGAGCAGGGGGGUGUUUUUCGUACGUGGAUUACUCGUUUAGCCGAAUGUAAUUGUUGACGACUCGGCAUGAUCCUGGAUCGGUCGGUUUUUCAAAACUCUUGUUGGAUGUGUCGUCAAUAGCAGCACAUCCAAAUCCUCAAACCUGCUCGGAGCAGGUUUGUUCUGUGUAAACAAUGAUUAGCUCACACACGUAACCAGUGUCCGUGCAUGGAAAUCCGUUCAGUCAUGGCCUCGCCAUUCAUGGAUGAGCGACUAAUUGCAAUCGGUGCACGAAUAACAAGAAAGGAAUUUCAGAUUGAGAGGGUUUUGUGUGAUCGGCAAGAUCCUUUAUUUUAGCCGGAUGAUAUUAUUUUCGAAAGAUACCGCUUCAGCCGAGAUGGAAUAAUAUAUCUUAAAGAUUUAUUAGGUCCGUAUAGUAGAAGCCCAACUACGCGAAGUCAGGAUCUCACAGCCACACAGACAAUGUGCAUUUCCUUGAGAUAUUUUUUUGUAUGCUGUAGGCGAUGCGAAAAUAUAUUGGAGAGUAAAGUUUGCCAGGCAAUUCGCAAAGUCUGUUGGGCCUGAUAUAUUUCCUUGGGGUUUUUAUUGUUUUUCCCGGACACCUGCUAGUGCAGGCAAUUAAAGAGGCAUUUUAUGCUAUUGCAGGUAAUGUAUACGCAAUAAAAAUUACAGUUCUAUAAUGAAUUUAAAAAUCUCACUAAUAUUCACAUUACCCAGAAUUUCCAAAGGUUUUGUCUGCCUUCUAUAUAUAUGAAUGAAAUGUCGUGUUUACCAGUUUGAAGUAUAUUUUUGUACUUCACUGUCCUUUAGUACAUAUUAAAUCUUUGAAUUCAUCACAUUCCUCUAAUAAAAUGUCCUGCUCCGA